AAAGCCUAACACCCAGAGGGACAUUAGUUCAGACAUACACACACCAUAUUUCAUUUAUUUUCUUAAUCGUUCAAAGUUUGAAUGGCAAUAUCAAAACAGCUUCCGGCCGUAGAGGGUGAAGACAGUGGGCUUUUAGAGGCUCAAACUCACAUAUACAACACGCUAUUAAGCUGCUUAAAAGCCACCUCGCUAAGAUGCGCCGUCCAGCUGGACAUCCCCGACAUCAUCCACAAGCACCAAAGACCCAUGACCCUUCCCGAGCUGGUCAACGCCCUCCCAAUCAACAAGGCCAAAGCCGAGCAGCUCGGUCAACUCAUGCGCACGUUAGUCCUCUCCGGCUACUUCGUGGAGAAGAAAACAACAACCCCCGGCGACGGGGACGACGACGAGGGCGAAGCAAAAUACUGUUAUGCCCUUGCCCCGCCUUCCGUUCUCCUCCUUAAAGACAACCCCUUUUGCGCGAGGCCUAUAUUGCUUAACUUGCUAGGUCCGACGUUUCCGGCAGUAACGCACGAGCACAUCACCGAGUGGUUCCUAAACGACGACCCGACGGCGUGCGACACGGCCCACGGGAUGACUUUCUGGGACUACGGGAGGCGGGAGCCGAGGUUCAGCCAGAUAUUCAACGAGUCGAUGGCGAGUAAUACUCGCCUGGUGAUGGGCAUGGUGGUGAAGCAUUUGAGGGGGGUGUUUGAAGGGUUGGAGUCACUGGUCGAUGUUGGGGGUGGGAACGGGUCUGCGGCGAAGAUCAUCGCCACAGCUUUCCCGGAGCUGAGGUGCACUGUGCUUGACCUCCCCCACGUGGUCCAAGGCGUGGAGAAGGAGAAGGAGAAGAAGAAGAAUUUGGAAUAUGUUGGAGGGGACAUGUUCGUGUCCAUACCUUCUGCAGAUGCUGUUCUUCUCAAGUGGAUUUUGCAUGAUUGGAGUGAUGAAGAAUGCCUCAAAAUAUUGAGGAAAUGUAAAGAAUCAAUUUCCAAGAAAGGAAAAGGUGGGAAGGUCAUUGUAAUAGAUGUCGUGGUUGGGAAUCAGAAAGAUGAUGUUCUGGCAAUUGAAACCCAAACUCUCUUCGAUAUGUUGAUGAUGACUUAUUUCAAAGGGAAAGAGAGAUCAGAGAAAGAGUGGGCAAAGCUCUUCCUUGAAGCUGGCUUCAGUGCUUACAAAAUAAUUUCACCCUUGGGAUUAAAGUCUCUAAUUGAAAUUUAUCCUUAAUUAGCUUCAAGCUAAGAAAGGGCUUCUUAAUUACUCUGAGGAUGAAUAGGAAUAAAUACUUCAAAGGAUG